AUGGCUGCUGCGGGUGUCACCCAGUCCAGCUCCCCGCGUUUACCCAGUCCUCCUCCAUUUACAGAAGUCCAGAUCGGCCCCAAGUCGCCCUCAGUCGGCGAAUCGUUUGGCAAGGAUGCAGAAGAGAUCCUAGGCGCAUCAGCAAACGCCGAUGAUGCUUCGACUCGUCGGAUUCGGCCCGGUACAAAGGCUGUGGACAUGGCGGCUGGCCCUCCAUUGAUUCCUCUUUCGCAGCUACAGGAACACCUCAAAGCGCUGUAUAACCACUACACCCGCCCAGAGGGUUCGGAUACCGUCGUUCCCAUUACCCGCGACGUCGCUAUCGAGCUGGCCCAACCCCCCGAAGGAGUUGACCGAUCGUUAUGGCUCUACGAGCUCUGUCGCUUUCUGACGAUGAAAGUCAACAACCUGAUUAUCGCCUUCUUUGCCGAGGAGCCCCCUUGCUCUUCGCAGACAUGUCCGGAGAUGCGCGCGUCGGAGUGGCAAUAUCUUUGCGCCGUGCACGACCCUCCAAAAUCCUGUUGCGCGAUUGACUACUGCUGCCAUACGCUUGAUUGGGCUACAAAUAUCCUCACAUCGCCAAAACACUUCCCCAGUCGGCUGACUCUGGGAUCGGAGUCCGCAGGAGGUCCUCAGGCCAGCUUGCGACACUUGACCAACAUCUUCCGACGGCUGUACCGCAUCUUUGCACAUGCGUGGUUCCAACAUCGCGAGGUAUUCUGGGAGGUAGAGGGCCACGAUGGGCUUUAUAUUUUUUUCAAGACGGUGUGCGACAUGUACCAUUUGAUUCCCGAGGACAAUUACACGGUUCCCCCGGAGGCGGAAGGCAUUGAUGCGCAGUCGGCAGCGCAGGAGGAACCAGUUGACAUGCGCCGGAUGACCAUCUUACGCAAAGAGAGCGAGGGUUCGCUGAGCGCCCCUCUUGACAAUAUCGAACCGUCAUCCAUCACUGGAGCCACGACCCGCCGCCACAAGAACAGCCCGUCCAUUAGCUCGCGACCCGUCACGACCAUCAACGAAAGCGCGGAGGACGAGGAGCCGAGCAAGAAAACAGAGCCUUCCACAGACGUAACUGAGACGGAGACCAAGGAACCGGAGACGCAGGCGGCUGUUCCCGAACCCAGCGAAGAGCCUGCACAAACUCAGGACUCGGCGGUAGACAGCACUGGAUCGCAGAUCACUGUUUCGGAGGUACAUGAGGAGGAAGAUGCACCAAAGCCUGCCGAGCAGGAGCCAGAAAAGAUGACCGAAUCGGACGAGCCGACGCCGGCCGCUGCAACUGCCGUUGUCAGCGAAGACACCAACGAAUCACCGGCCGACGAGGAGACAGCCACUUCCUCAGAUGCCCCUGAUGCCGAGCCUGAGUCGGAAACGAAGGAGGCCCCUAGUGAGGACCAAACUCAGAUCGAACAGACCGAACAGACCGAAAAAACCGAGCCAACCGAGCCCCAGGCCGAGCCCGCAAAGGAGACGUAA